AUGCCCCUUGUAGGAGCAUGGUUGAAAAUAUGGAUUUAUUUGAGUUUCAUCUUUGGAUGGACAAUAGGUGCACGACCACGAUUUGAUACUUCUACGGAUAUGGGAUUGGUUUUGAUACCAGCUGACGCGGAAGUCGAUUCGGUUAUAUUUCGAUUACGAGCUACCGAUCAGGAUGCAGAUUUUCCUCUUAUUUUUGAAAUCACUGCAACAAUUACACCAGUUGUAAGAAUCGACAAUCUGCCGUGUACGCUCUAUAAUAAAGUGUGCCAGGCUAAUGUAAUUCUAACGAAGCGUCUAAUGGCUGGCCGUCUUCAUGACUUUGCUGUGAGGGUUAAAGACUCGAAGGGUGACUCGAAUUCGAUGCAAGCGACCAUUUCUGUCACGAAUGCUACCACUCAACGCGAUAAAAUAUUCCCGCACAUUCCUUCUCUGAUAAUGGUACCCGAGGUAAGAGUUAAUUGCACUUACAAAUAG